GCUGUCAAUGCAAAUUGUUCCUGUAGCAUGCAGAAUGGUGUAGCAGGAAACUAAAUGCCUUGUUCCUAAUGCAAACUUUGAUUUCCUUCUUGAUUCUAGAUAAUCUAGUGACAGGAGGUUCAGUUUGAGAUACACAUCAGCCAAGUUGUUGAGGGCUGCAAAAGGUGUGUUUGUUUUGUUGGGGUAUUUUAAGUAAGACCAAUCCUUUAAGUCCCUAUUUGUGACAUGUGAACUUGUUAUAUAAUAUAACAAUUACAACAGGCUUCAGUCAGCUUGCUUCCUGUUAUAGUGAAGUCCUUUGUGACAGAAGUACCUUAGUCUGUUUAUGAAGAAGCAGUUUGUUAAGCAGCCGAUUCUCAGCAAAGGGAACCUGAACCUCAGUUAAAUCCCUUCUGCUCAGGAUUUUCUCUCUCUCCUUUCCUGUAAUAAAGCUAAAGGAAAGUUUAUGGCAGCAGGCACAAACUUUAAUGCAGUGUUGGUUAGCAACAUCACUUUCAACAUGCAUGUGGCCCCAACAGGAACUCAGAAGUAAGGAUUUCCACCUGGAGGUGCAGGUUUAUGUGCAUAACAUAUGUAUCUUUGUGAGCUGGGUUUUGCUGCUAUACUGGAAAUGUAAUGAUGCAGUUCUUAGUAAAAAUGCUGCUCCAUGACUAAUGGUACCCUGUAGGAAACCUGCAGUUGAAUCCAUGCCUUGUAUUAGAACCCGUGAAUGUGGAUCUCUGCUCCGUGUCCAUGGCUGGUAGCAGGCACUGCUUCGGACUACACAGCCUGUGUGAAACCUGGGAGCAAUGUGGUUCUCUUGGUGCAUGUAUCAAGCUAAAUUCCUUCAUUAUCCAGACAACUAUACAAUGUCAAGGUCAGCCUAUGUGCAGGAAAGUAGGACAGAUAAGCUUAGUUCCACCUAGGGUACAGCAGAACGCCGACCAUCACGGUGUCUUUGUGCCAAAUAUACUUCCAGCUGACACUCAGUAUCUUUCCGGGCAGCCUGCAGUGUGGUGAGUCCUUUUUCCUGUGCUGUUCUGUGACAGACACAGAUAUGAAGGGCACGUUUAUCUUCCAGAUACAUUAAGCAGCUGCAAAAUUGAAUUGGCAAAACUGGCUUUUUGGACUGGCCAAAUGAUGUGCUCAUACGUGCUCGAGAGUGUUUCGUGACACAGCAGUUGCGCUCUAAUCAGAACAGGUUUGCAAGCAGGAUGGGAGGGCUGUAGUUCAUUGCCAGUGUCAGAGAAGAAAUGAUGAUGCUUCUUAUGAGGCCAAAGCUUGCUUUGAAUGGGCCGCUGCUGUCGAGGAGGGUGAGAGCCCUGAGUAAGCUUACCAUCAAACUCAAGUAGUUCCAUGACACCCAGUGAGCCAGCUGAUGGAAGUCUUGCUAUCAGAGCGUUAGGCUCCAAGCUCUUUACACCGUUGUACUGAUAUUACAAAAGCAAACCAUAACCUGCUUUGCAGAGUGUUUCUUUAUGGGCAGUUAGAGAAGUGUGGAUCCUUUUUGCCUUUCUUUUUUUCCCCCAUUCAAAAAGCUGAUCCUGACAGAAAGUCCUGAGUUAAAGACAAGGGUGAAAACACUUAUUUGAGCAGUCUUUUACCCAGAAACAGCUUCUUGCUCUUUCCCCUUCUUGCUGCCCUGGAAAUGUGCUUGAAGAUAUCUGUGAGUAUCACACAGCCCUCUUGGCAGGUACAGAAAUCAUGUUUUGCAGCCUGGGGCACAUUGGCAAUUGUCCUGUAAGAGCAUGUGGGACAAGGAGGUCUCAUACUUAGCCUGUUGUGAUAUGAUUGAAAGCACAUUUGUGUAGCUUGGACCCUCUGCUUGGUUUUGGUUUCAUCUCAGUGCUAACCAGAAGUCCAAGAAGGGAGCAUGGACCAGCCCAGUGGAAGGAGUUUCAUGCAAGUUCUUUGUGAGAAAUACAGCCCUGAGAACUUCCCAUAUCGUCGUGGACCUGGUAUGGGGGUGCAUGUCCCAGCAACUCCACAGGGUUCACCUAUGAAAGAUCGCCUCAACCUUCCGAGCGUGCUGGUACUGAACAGCUGUGGCAUAACCUGUGCAGGGGAUGAGAAUGAAAUCGCUGCCUUCUGUGCUCAUGUGUCUGAGCUAGAUCUUUCUGACAAUAAACUGGAAGACUGGCAUGAGGUCAGUAAAAUUGUGUCCAACGUUCCCCACUUGGAGUUUCUAAACUUGAGUUCCAACCCUCUCAGUUUGUCCGUUUUAGAGCGAAGGUGUGCUGGCUCUUUCGCUGGGGUUCGCAAACUUGUGCUCAACAACAGCAAAGCUUCCUGGGAGACAGUCCACACAAUCCUGCAGGAAUUACCAGACUUGGAGGAGCUCUUUCUGUGCCUUAAUGACUAUGAAACAGUGUCUUGUUCUCCAGUUUGCUGUCAGUCUCUCAAAUUACUCCACAUAACUGAUAACAAUCUUCAAGACUGGACUGAAAUUCGAAAACUGGGAAUUAUGUUUCCAUCACUGGACACGCUUAUCCUGGCUAACAACAACCUCACAACCAUUGAAGAGUCAGAGGAUUCCCUAGCAAGGCUGUUCCCCAACCUGCGAUCCAUCAAUUUGCACAAGUCAGGUCUGCAUUGCUGGGAAGACAUUGACAAGUUAAAUUCUUUUCCCAAGCUCGAGGAAGUGAAAUUGCUAGGAAUCCCUUUGCUGCAGUCCUACACCACUGAGGAGCGCAGGAAGCUGCUAAUAGCCAGGUUGCCGUCUAUCGUCAAGCUCAACGGAAGCAUCGUUGCCGAUGGGGAGCGAGAGGACUCGGAGCGAUUCUUCAUCCGGUAUUACAUGGAAUUCCCAGAGGAGGAAGUCCCGUUCAGGUAUCACGAGCUGGUCACGAAGUAUGGGAAGCUGGAGCCCUUGGCAGUGGUGGAUCUUCGGCCCCAGAGCAGCGUGAAGGUGGAGAUUCACUUCCAGGAUAAGGUGGAAGAGAUGUCCAUCCGUCUGGAUCAGACUGUGGCAGAAUUGAAGAAGCACUUAAAAACUGUCGUGCAGUUGUCAACAAGCAACAUGCUGCUCUUCUACUUGGACCAGGAAGCUCCCUUUGGUCCCGAGGAGAUGAAAUACAGCUCGCGAGCACUGCAUUCCUACGGCAUUCGGGAUGGAGAUAAAAUUUACGUGGAGCCCAGAAUGAAAUAGCCUCUUUUCGGGUGCACACACAUGCCCCCCCACACCCACACACAUGCAUUAAGGAGUUUUGGCAAGGUUUUUGUUUCGGUUGGUUGGUUGAGGUUUGGUUGUGUUUCUUUAGCAGGUGAUUUCUUAGCCCGGAGGACGUGCCCUGAUCUGAAAACCAUGCCUGCCAUCCACUGCAGGUGACCUUGAGGUGACAGUUGACUUCAGUGCGUGUGUUUCAGUGUGUGCAAUACCUUGAUGUUUCCUUUGAUGCUCCGGUAUACUCGUGAUUUGGCAUGAAUGGUCACUUCUUCAAGCUAAAGGGUGCUAGGGUCCAUAAGGGAGACGACAGCUCGGUGCAGAAUUUGACCUGUUGUCUUCUCUGUCUAAAUUGUUAGGGUUUGGGCUCCACCAGAGCACCCUAUGGCCUAGCUAUCCAACUGUGGCUCGAGCUUGCUCAAGUAUUUGUUUGCAGCUAGGUGCUGUCUCAACCUUUUGUUACGCUCGAGUUCAGUGACAAGAUCUAAAACAGUAUUCCGCUUGAUUCAGAGCUCAGGUACUUAGUGCAUCCACUUAAUUCCACUGGUUUGGGUUAGAUGAGUGCACGAAAUGGGGGAAAGAAAGCGACCCUUAUUAGAAAGAAACAAUUUAUUUUCAAAAUGCAGGCUUUAUAUCCAUACUGUCCUGAUUUUUUUGGUGGGGAAAAAAAGAAGUAUUGAUUUCUCUCCUGGGAGAGAGUUAGGGGAAAGUUGAAGUUUGUGUUUGUUGCUGUUGCACCAGAAAUGAAACCUAGCACUUUCCCCCCAGGGGUUCCUAGCUGCGGGGUCCCAGCUAAGGGUCUGAACUAGGAGAAUGUGUUGGCUCAGAUCAGUUUCUAGAAGAUGAGUAGCAAAACUUUAUUGUAAAGCAGGUUUUCACUCUCUCUGUUGGCUUCCCCCCUACACGCACCUCGUAGGCAUCGCAGGCUGCUGCUUAAAUUAGUCUCCAUUUUCUACUGCAGAGCAGAUUCCCUUUAUUGUGUAAUGAGAUCCUCCUUCCUUUAUCUCUCUUAUGCCCCUUGUUCCUCUGCCCCCUUGACAAGUUGAAGACCUUUUAGAUGGCCUCCUCAUAAACAGCUACAUGCAAGUUUUUGAAGCUGUGCAGUGAGGGCUCUAGUUACAUGUGAACUUCUGACCUGAAUGUUGAAACACUCCCUUCUCCCCAUGUGCACUUUCUUUCCCAUAAUGCUUUUGUCCAUAUCACCAAGCUCCUUUUAUAUUCUUGGAGUUGUGUAUUUCUCUUCAUAUUUUACCUAGAUCGUAGGGUGGGGUAGGAUGGGGAGGGGAACAAGUAUUAUCUCAUAGUCUUCAGGUCGGGGAUGUGGGGACCAGCCAGAGCGGAGUAGUUCUGCGUCCAGAGGAAUGAUUAAAAAUGGGAGGAUUUAAGACAAGUUACUAAUUUGUGCCUCAUCUCCCUGCCAAAAAUGUCAUUUACCUGGCCCUGUUGAGAUGAGCAAUAGGAAAUGGAGCAAGACUCAUCAUUAGUAGCGUAGAGGCUGCGGCACGUACCUGCGGAGCUGUGGUACCCAUAAAACAAAAGAGCAGGGAGAUGGUGGCAGUGUAACAUAAGAUGAUGCUUUUAUAAGCUAGAGCUUUACUGAAGAUGUAUUUUCCAUUUGGGCAGUGAAAGGCAUUUGCUGCCUUAUAGCAGAACUCUUAAGCCAACACUUCUGUAUGAUAUAUACAUACAUAGGCAUAGGAAAAGUUGUGUUUAAUAAGAUAUUUUGUUAUAAAGCAAAGUUUUAUGAAGAUAUGGUUGUUUAAUAUUAGAAGCCUAUUUCUCCCCUUGACCUCCAGUUUAAGUAGGUUAUCUCUCAGUCGCUGCAAUGUCAGAGGUAAGCUACCGAUGAGGAUGCAAAAGUGUCUCUGGCCUAGUUCUAUAGAGCAGUAAUUACCUAUAUGGGUAUGUUUAUGGCAUUGUAACUGGUAUUAAUGAGAUGCUGUACUGUUGACCAACAUCCUCAACACAAUUAAAUGUCUCGGUUUCAGAAAAGGAAGUAAACACCAUUAAAGAGUGGAAUGGGAUGUUAAAGAAGUGCCAAGUAUGUGCUUUGACUUUUGUUCACCCACAGUUUAGCCAGUCUGUGGAGGGAACAGUGCUGUCACUGUGCCACCUUGGAAAAGUCAGUACAUCAUGCUUUUAUUUACGGUGGACCCGGUGGGGAGAGGAAGGUGGAAAGGAGAACACCUACAGGUAUACAAGGUGACAAGUGCCAUGGAGCUGACAGGGGUUUGGUGCUAGCACCCAAACCUGCUCCCCUGGUUUGUUCAGGUCAGUAAGUCAUAGUAUGAAUACCACUGCCUUGUUGCUUUGUUAGGGGAAGGUUGUUUUGGGAUGAUGUUCUGAAGCAGUUCACAUUCUGUGUGGCUAGCAGAGCACUUGUGGGCUGGAAACCAACGAUCCUGGUUUGCUUCCCACAGACAAAGAGUCGUGUCCAAAUCCAGGGACAGUUUAUGUGUCCAGAUGGUUGACUUCGAAAAGUAGGGCCAAAUGGCAUGCAGCUGAUGUGGCAAAAUACCCCAGGUCGGCUUGCUUUCCUUUUGUAAUGCCUUCUGGGCAAAGGUCUUGUAUGUGUGCCAUGUAACCACUAAAGAGGGGACAGUGUCAGUGGGAGAGAGGGAGGCCUCUGAGCGAGAGAGGAGAUUUAGGGCUGAGGAUGGGUGCCAAGAAUCUGUGAGGGUCCUGAGCUAGCAGGAGGCUUGAUUUAAAUCAGUGCGAUGUCCUGAGGGGCUGUGACCUGGUGGUGUUGGCGUAUCCCUGCUUUAGGAAGAGGUCCCUGGAUCUAUAUUACACAAUAGAUUUGCAGGCUUCUCUAGCUUUUGUUUCCUUCUAUCCGAGGGCUACUUUUGUCGAGAACUGUUUUGUUGUUUGUGCUGGUUCAUGCAUAGCGGUGGGCAAAGCACCUGCUUCGGAAGGAAUUAGGUGACAGCUAUAUACCAAAGUGUCGCACGGCUCCUUGUGUUGAGAUGAGAUGCUGUGCUGUUGUGUUUUUUGGAUACAUUCCUAUUGACUAUCCAUGUUUUGACCAGAUGUUUCAUGCAGAUCGCUUAACCGGCGAUGUGAUGAAUAUGCAUGGCGUGACGACUGUCCUCUGCUUCCUCGCUGGGAUUUGUAACCCCCAUUACUGGGAGUUGCGCACAUUCCGGUGGCAGAUAAUUGUGUGGCCCGUGGUGGCUCAGAGGAACUGAGCCUAAUGGUGCUCGUUGCUUCUGGGGAUAGGCUCUUGGUUUGCCCUCGCCUCCUCGGGUCUGUAAUCUGAUGAAGGCGACUUGGCGGCUCUGCCUCCGUCGGUUGCUGUUCUUGCUUGUAAAUGAGAUUCUGUAGGUUCUGUUCGUGUAUGGAGUUGAAAAUGCAAACGAGGUGCUGAAAGCAGCCCAGAGGCUGAAAUAUGUAUUCCUGGCAGCUGUGCCUCCCUCAUUUGAAUGUGGCACUUCUGUAGGCGGUAGAGAGACGCCUUCCCCAGAGCAGCGUUCGAAGGGCUUUAGCCAUCUCGGGCCUUUGCCUCUGUGAUUGCUUUUCUGCAGUUACUGGAAACUUGAGCUGUAAUUUCAAUGUGAAGGUCUAUUCUUGCUCCCUAUUAAUGAUGCAUCCAUAUGUAAUUUUAAAGAAAAAGGAAGAACUCUUAAGUCCAGCUUGUUUUUUACUCUGGUUUCUCUCACAGGGGAUAUACUUCCUGCUCCCACAGUUUGCCUUUGGUUUGCUCGCAGACUUAGCAGUGGAAUUCAGGCCAAAUAGGUAAUUGGUUUGGAUCAGUUCAAUAAACUUAUGUAAGUUUUUACACAAAACAAA